GUUGAGGAAGACGAAGAAGAAAAACCGGAGAAGGAUGUGAUGACGAAGGAGACACCGGAAAACGCCAUUUUAUUGUUGCGAAGGAGCAGUGAAGACGCUUCGAGAAACGUCAGUAAAGGUGAGCCAAGAUGGGGAAUUUCGCUAGCCUCUUCCGAGGAUUGUUUGGAAAGAAAGAGAUGAGGAUCCUCAUGGUUGGUCUGGAUGCUGCCGGAAAGACCACCAUCCUGUACAAACUCAAACUGGGAGAAAUAGUGACUACAAUCCCAACCAUUGGCUUUAAUGUUGAGACUGUAGAAUUUAAGAACAUCAGUUUUACAGUGUGGGAUGUUGGCGGUCAGGACAAAAUCAGGCCACUUUGGAGGCAUUAUUUCCAAAACACACAAGGCCUCAUCUUUGUGGUGGACAGUAACGACAGGGAGCGAGUCGGGGAGGCCAAGGAGGAGCUGAUGCGAAUGUUGGCUGAGGAUGAGCUGAGGGAUGCUGUCCUGCUGGUGUUUGCCAACAAACAGGAUCUUCCAAAUGCGAUGAACGCAGCAGAGAUCACAGAUAAGCUGUGCUUGCACUCCCUGCGCCACCGUAACUGGUACAUUCAGGCUACAUGCGCCACAAGCGGAGAUGGGCUCUAUGAGGGUCUGGACUGGCUUUCGAACCAGCUAAAAAACGCCAAAUGAUUGAUUACCUCUUCAUCCGUCAGCUCCUUCUGCAGCGUUGUUGGGGGAAUGCACUGGUCCUGAUAUCUCCUUCUCUUCUACAUACUUUCUUUUCUUUUUUCUUUUUUGAACGGUUGGACCUUUUGGCCAGUGCGGCCCUUCAUCCAUGUACUGUUUGUGUGUUUGGAUAAGUAUUUUUGAAUGAAUGCAUGUGUGCUUGCAUGUGUGAGCUUCUUGGGAGUCUCCCUGCUGUGCCUUCGACACAGUCUGCUCCCGUUCACCUCAUUUCUCUUUGUCAGGGUGCUGUAGUUUAACGCAAAAAGCAACACACGACGCCGAGGCUGUACGUGCUCUUAAAGGAAUGUCAACAGACAAAAAAACCAAAAGAUGAUUCCGUUUUUGUAUUUGAAAGUGUCAUGGAGGCCAACAGUGGCAGAUCGUUCUGCAGGGUUUGGUACUGGUUUUGAUAUCCAAGAUCAAAACAGACCUUUUUCUCGUCUUCUGUACUACAAGUCCCUGAUGGUCAAAUGCUAACCUAAUAUGGCAGCGAUUCCUUGAUGGGUUUAACUUCCUUUCCACCUUUAGAGACAUCUCAUGUCAGCUAUGGGUCGCUUUUUUCCCCCCCAAAGUGCAAGAAAUGGAUCAGAAAAUGGCGACAAUUGGUUUCCAUAUGUUGAGAGUGUAUCUUCAGCAUGGUUUAUGGUUGUUUGUGUGGAUUUCAGUUCAGCCAGCCUCCUUUUUAAGUUGUUCUGGUUCUUUCUUUACUGGUAAACGUUUUUUUUUUUAGUUGUAAGUAGUUCCUUAUUUAGGUUCUUGUUUUUUUAUAGUUAUUUUUAUUGAUUUUAUGUUACUUUUGAUCCAUCUGUGGCCCAGUGGGCAUCGGUAUUAGCUGACAGGGGUUUGCUUUACUUUCUUCAGGGACCAGUAUGUUAGUUUAUAUUUUUUCCAGGAACAAUUCUUAGUGUUCAGUUCAGUUUUGUGUGGUGGGCGGUAUUUUUUUCAGCUUUUUUUUCUCUCCCGAGGACACAGAAAAUGCAGUUGACCACAUCAUUAGUGCUUGAUGGUUGUCCUGAAAAUGAUUAGUCAUCGCUGCAGACUGUUUCCUUUUUUUCUUUAUGGCUUCAGUUUAUUUUGUUUGUUUGCACUGAACCAUCAGCUUUCACACCACAGGCUCGCGUGAAGAAAGCCGCAGCCUUUGCAGCGAACUCGCACGCCAUCGCGCUCCUCAUUGCUCUACACCAGCAGACAGUUCCAAGCUAGGAUUGUAUUCUAACCCGGUCCGAAUGUUGUUAUUUUUCUUUGUCCCGGAGGUCUUAGCAGGAGGUCUUAAACUAAACAAUAUCUGGAAAAAAAACAAAAAAACUGAGCAGGCCAAAAGCCUCGGAGAACUAAAUGUUACCUGGUUAUUUUUCUACAACUGGACAUUUUUGAUGUUUCUUUGAUUACUAACAGAAUGAUUAAUCUCUCUUUGUCUGUCUUGGUAUUUCUAAAAAGCUACACUUGAGUUUACUGAAAGAACCUGAUAAAAUCUUGUAAAUCGUAAUUCUCGCCAUGUUUUUUCAUGAUUUUUUUUCAGCUGUGACGUCUUCAUUUGUUUCUGUACGAGUCACAUGCUGCCGUUUAUUUCUUCAAUGCCUUUUUGCUUCUUUUAUAACUCAUUCUGUAACAUCUGAUAAAUGCACUAUAAUAAAGAGAAUCUUUAUUGUACACGC